AACUGCAGGAGGCUCACCAUGGUGCAGGAGAAGAAUGACGGGAUAGACAAAGACAUGGUCCCUCUAUCAAAUCAACAUAAUAGACCUGCAUUGUCAUGGGAAUUGAAGAUCAAGAAAAGGCGGAUCACUGUACCUCCAUGUCUUGGCAAGUACAGACCAGUUGUGGGCCAGUGUUGCCACCAGUGCACCCCGGACAGCCUGCGUAAGAGGUUUGGACAAAACUCUUUGCUUGGCUUCCACAACAUUCUAGAUGUCAACGAGACACAAACCAGGUAUCGAGGCUGGCUGGUGCGGAGGGUGUGCUGUGCAUUGUUUGUGAGGGGGUGCAAGGUUUACGCGAGUCCAGCUACAAACAGACUGGAGCGAGUGCUUCAGAGCAACAGGGUUAAGGAUGUGUUAGCAGCAGAGCAUGAAGCACCUGAGGGGCAAGACAGCCAAGGGCAGCUCAAGCUCCUCUCACCAUUCCUCCCUACCAUCAAAACCUGCAUCUCCCCUGGAUUCUUACGAUUCGUGGGCUGGGUGAUGCUGAAGAUGUUUUCUUCCUUAUUUGACAGCAUUCAAGUUAACCUCAACCAUCUGCCCGAUUUGCACAGAGUCUCGCAAGAGGGAUCUCUGCUGGUUUAUGUUUACGUGCGUCAGAGCGUCGUGGACUGUGCCCUCAUCCCUCUGGUGCUCUUCUGUCACAACCUGAGAGUCCCGUACACUGUUUGUCCUCUUCAGGUUUACAGCUCGCCCCUCAGAUCAAUCCUGCAGAAAGUGGGCGUGGUCCUCCUUCCACCGUCUGCAUCGACGGAGCAGGAAGCUGAGGCGGACCGACUGUACUCACCUGUCAUGACCUCUCUGGUACGUGAGCUGCUACAUGAGGGCCAGGCGAUUAGUGUUGGUGUGUCAUCAGAGUCUGGCCAAGGUGGCCAGUGGCUGGCUCGCAUCAGACAGCUCAUCAAAGAAGGACAUGUCCCUGAUGUCUGUCUGGUCCCUGUGGGCAUCUCCUACGACUGUCUGCCCAAAACGAGCAUACAGGUUGGCCUACGCACUGUGAUUCAGUGGUUGUUGUCUUUUUUCUGGAGGAGACCAGAAGGAUGUGUGAGGAUCCACCUCUCGCAGCCCUUUUCUCUCAAGGAGAUGUGCGAUUCAGGGAGGUGCCGGGUAGAUGAAUGGCUCCCUCUACAGGACCUGUUGCUGCCUGUGAUCCUCAACAACAGAUCUGACACUGUGUUUGGGCGGAGGAGGAUGUUGUGGCUCCUGACCUCUUCUCAUUAUGCAUCUGAACUUGAUGAGCUUACUCCAACAGAGAGAGACCUCAGCAUCGCCAUCAUCCUUCACCUCAUCUUCUCUGCAACUUCCUGCAAGGCUGUGAUGUCCACCAGUCUGGUGUCCAGUCUUUUGUUGUACAAACACCACAAGGGUGUUAGUGCAUCUGUCCUGUGUCGUGACGUGGCCUGGCUCACGGAGGAACUAUUGUUCAGGAACAAAGACGUCGGCUUUGGGGGGAGUUUACCGCAGGUUGUCCACUAUUCCCUCUCUCUGCUUGCCCCGCACCUCGUCAUAGGUGCAGUGCCAUCUAGGAAAGACCUCUUUAUUGUUCCCCGUCCCUCUCUCGAUGCCUCACUUCACCUCGCCCUCCAGGCUCAGAUUGUCACACACACCUUUAUAUCAGAAGCUGUUGGUGCAUGCGCGGUGUCUGCCAUGCUGUGCGAGGUGGCCGUCAGUGGCGUCGGCAGCGGGGGGAGGAACGACAGCAUGGACGGUGUGGAGGUCGGAGGUGACACAGACUUUGAUGUGGUGCUCUGCCAGUCUGAGCUGACGGAGCGAGCCCUGCAGCUCUGCCACCUCUUGCCUCCGGGCUUCAUGCCACCCUGUCAGUCAUCCCAGAGUUUUGCUCAGGACGCCAUUGACAGUCUGGUACGCUGUGGCAUCCUGAUCAUGGAAGAAAUUCCCAGAGAUGUCCCCAUCUGUGACUUCUGGAAGAAAGAGGGCACUAUGACCUGGACCACCUCUGACGACCCUUAUCACAGCGACUCUGACUGUGAUGAGCAGGACCUGCGCUCCUACAAGAUAAGUCAGCCAAGCCUCUGUCCGGAAAUGCUCUUCUUCCUCUGCAGUAUGCUGGCUGGACAUCUGAGGGCGCUGUGUUGGACCACAACAGCACUGGACCUCAUAGACUCACCUCUGCCUGAAACAGAGUUUGUGGCUCAGAUACACUCUCAUCUGUGUGACACGGCAAAGAAGAAGAAACAGCACUAUGAGAGCUGCUCAGAGGAGGCUGUACACACUGCAGUUAGAACACUAAUAGACCUGGGGGUCCUUUCGGAGGAGCGACAGAAGGAUGGCGUCUUCCUGGGCGUCAGUCCUUUGUUCCAGUCGCCAGAGAACAGGCAGAAACUGCAGCUCUUCAUCAAACAGUACCUCUACAACUAAAGUGCCUAACUGAGCAGCCGGACUCGAGGCCUCAACAUGACUCUUUGUUGUAGAGUCUGACCUCAUCCUGUGUUAGUAUCAGAGAAACUUAUGUUCAGUGUUACAAGGAAGGAAGAUCUGCGCCGAGCCGGGACGCCCGAGCCUUUAGGUUAAUUGCAUUUUGAUUUGUCAGAGAUGAGACAUUGAUUUUGAGUUUAUCUUUAGUAAUGGCAUUAGCAUAAAGCCACAGGAGACGGGGAUUAGGAAGUCCCUGUAAUCAGAUGUGAGGACUCGUAGGAUGAUGGUGCUCAGCGCAGCUUGUGUUUCAUGUUUACGUUGUAAUUAAGGCUGCUGACGUUGUGUUCGUUACAUGUGGAGAAUGUUUUGGUUCUUGUUUGUUUCCUAGUGUUUG